AUGUCGCCCAAACAGCGCGCAUCCGCCUCAACAGGCCAACAAUCCACAUCACCCUCCCCCCCAAUCUCCCGCUCCAGCGCCAAAUCCAGCUCCAGCGCCGCCGCCCCCGACAUCCUCCAAAGCGUAUGGAACAAAUACACAGCCCAGACACCGCAGCAGACAAAGCUACUGGACACCUUCAUGGGCUUCCUCGUUGUAGUCGGCGCCCUGCAAUUCGCCUACGUUGUGCUCGUCGGCAACUUUCCCUUCAACGCCUUCCUCUCCGGCUUCAGCGCCACCGUCGGCCAAUUCGUGCUCACGGCCUCGCUGCGCAUGCAGACCAACGCGGAGAACAAGGCCGAGUUUGAAAAUAUCUCGCACGAGCGCGCGUUUGCAGACUUUUUGUUUGGCAGCUUGUUGCUGCACUUUUUUUGCGUCAAUUUUAUCAAUUGA